AUGCCGUGCCUGUGGGAGGAGGGGAGCCUCGCUGAUGCUGUCUCUCUUUUUCAGGGGGAGUUGCUGAGCCCGUGUCGAUGCGAUGGAUCGGUGAAGUGCACGCACCAGCCAUGUCUGAUCAAAUGGAUUAGCGAGAGAGGCUGCUGGAGCUGUGAGCUGUGUUACUACAAGUAUCACGUCAUUGCCAUAAGCACAAAGAACCCUCUGCAGUGGCAGGCCAUCUCUCUGACAGUCAUUGAGAAGGUCCAGAUAGCAGCAGCCAUCCUGGGUUCCCUCUUCCUCAUCGCCAGUAUCUCGUGGCUCAUCUGGUCGACCUUCAGUCCUUCAGCCAAAUGGCAGCGCCAGGACCUGCUCUUCCAGAUCUGCUAUGGAAUGUACGGCUUCAUGGACAUUGUCUGUAUAGGUCUAAUAAUACACGAAGGGCCCUCGGUUUACCGGAUUUUUAAACGGUGGCAGGCGGUCAAUCAGCAGUGGAAAGUGCUGAACUAUGACAAAACAAAGGACAUGGAGGAACAAAAAACAGGGACCAGGACAAAUCAGCGCCCCUCCUCCCAAACCACCCACUCGUCCUCCACUGGUGGUACAGCCACUAACUCCGCUCCAGCCGACAGCGGGGCCCGGGCUGCCGGCCAUGCCACAGGCACCCUCUCUGACCACCACUGUGCUUAUACCAUCCUGCAUAUACUCAGCCACCUGAGGCCUCACGAACAGAGGAGUCAGUCUAGUAGUAACAGAGAGCUCGUCAUGAGGGUCACGACGGUCUGAGCCGAGGAAUUCAGGAGGCCUUAACACGAAGCGGAGGAGACAAAGAACUCAUGAAGCAGAGGAGCAUGGUGUGCCUUUUUCUUUCUCUUUCCUUUUCCUUUUUUUCUCUUUCUUCUUUUCUUUUUCUUUUUUUCCCUCCUCUCCUUUUCUUUUUUGGUAACUGCACAAGAUAUAAGAGGCAGCACCUGGCCAGCUGAGGAUAAAAGCAGGUGGAGGGAGAGCUGCACACUCAUGCUAAAGAGGUUAAUGUUUUCCAGCUAGUU